AGACAAGCACGCGUGUUUGUGUUGGCAAAUUCGUUUGGGUCAGUGGAUCGUAAAUUAAUGGUUUAUGAAGAUUGCGACUUUAGCAGAAAUGGUGGGGUAUUUGAAAUCAACCCAAAAGAGCGAACAGACUUUCUCCAAGUUUUGAAAAUCUAAUGCAAAGCGAGCACGUGAUUGAAAACAAGCACCACACACAUGGUAUACAAGGUUCUCCAUGUUUGCUAAGCGACUUGGUUUUAUUCAAAGUGUUUCGGCCUCGUAGCUGUUUGUUUUUUCUCGUGGCAGGGAUAUUGCGUAUUUGCUUCUUUAUGUUGAUGACAUUGCUCUCACCGCAUCCUCGCCGGCUCUCCUUGAUUAGAUCUCCACCCUUGAUUAAUUCUGCCUUUGCCAUGACAGAUCUAAGAUCACUCCGUAUAUCUAUCCUGCGCAAUCCGAAAGGUACAUUUCUUAAUCAGCAAAAUUAUGCAUCGGACAUCCUUCAUCGAGCUAAAAUGAUACAAUCUUAUCACACACAUACCAUAUAUAUAUAUAUAUGUGAUCAAUACAUAAAUCUCCUCUCAUAGAGAUUCAUACAAUUAUACUUUGGCCCCUAUCCAUGUCAAACCUUGAAAUUGAACAGGGUGGCCGAGAUAUAUUUUUUUAAGUUGCAUUAUUGCUACUCACUUAAUGUCUUCUAUUCAAUUUUUGUCACACCACCUAAUUAUUCUUAAAAGAGCUGCAAUGUUUGUCUCGUGACAAUUGUCAUUGUGACAAAGUCUUGUGCGCAAAUCAUAACCGUCAGACAAAUCAAAAAAAUAUGUACAUGUAACCUAUUAACUACUAAGAGCAUGUCCAUCGAUGGUUUGUGAGAGGGUAUCUAACAAUCAAAAUAAAUUUGCGUAUGAGAUGCUCAAAGUGAGAAAACCCUUGGAAGAGAGACAUGAAAUUUUUUUUAUUUUUUUAUUUUAAUUGGGCCAGGCCGUUUAAAAGAGCCCAAAACAAGAGUGCGAGUAUUUAUUCUUAUAUUAGACAUAGAAUAUGGAAUUGUCAAAAAAAGUUAGGGUUAGCAAAAUGUUGAAGUUGCGACGAAUUGCAACAGGAGGUUCUCUUGUUCAUCUAUGGAAGGGAGAGAUGAAGAUCGCAAGAAUGGCUCCAUUUUGUACUUGUGAUGCGAAUAACCCAACCAGGAAGAUCGUGAGAGCUUCUUCUGCUGAGAAGACUGAGAAAAAUAAUAUAUUCGAGAAGCUGCGGUCUCUUAUGGGUGAGACCUUAGAUUUCGUCAUGAGGGAGGAAGAGAAGAAGGGUGAUGUUUCCUUCACUCAGGCGGAUCUCGUCAGCACGGCCGAGCAGCUUGACAAAUCUUUGAGUGGAUGGAUAGAAAGAAGAUGGAUUUUGAUCCACAUGAGCUUUAAACUUUUUGUUAAACUCAUUGCCAAGACUAAAGGCUUAGGUGCUGCUCAUGCCUACUUCGAUAAAGUAGAGCCAAACUACAACAGCAGGGACCACAAAGCCAAUAAUUUUCCUGCUUACGUGGCUCUCUAUCGUUUGGAUCGUCAGUUUGAAAGAGGCAUGGGGAUGCGUCGAGCUGUUCGUCGCUAUCGCAAUGGUGUUUUACAGGAUGAUUAACUCUGUUAGUUUGGUGUCAGUCAUGUGUGUCUGGCUUUCAUAUGUACUCUCUACCUUCCUUUAAUCUCUCUUAGUCUUGGAAUACCAGCUACCAGCUGAUCCAUUUUCAGGGCUGUUACCUCCAGACUCCAGCACCGUGUCCAGGGGAAUCACAAAGGCAAUCCCUACCAACCUUGUGUCUCCGUAAUCUUUAGAUUUUACCUGUUUCACUACUCCGAUAAUGUCACCACUAAUACACCGACACUAGCAGCCGGGGAGAAUCAUAUGAUUGACUAUUAGCCAUUUUGGGGUAUCAUCUAAUUGAAUCGGGAGCUAGAAGACACGUGGUGCCUUCAACUUUAUUUUGUCUUUGUAAAGAAGAUUCUGAAACUGAGGUUUUAGUUUAAUAAAAUCAAGACUGUACUAGCUAAUUAAGGGUUU